CAGACAGGAAGCAGAAGGAAGUGUAGUUAGUAUCGCAGAACAAAAGCUAGUGACACGAGCAGAGAAAGAGCCUCCGGGUUUCAGCACGGGCCCCACAAAGAGUCCCGAGUCCUGCGUCUUUCCUGCGUUUGUCUUUCUCUGACAUCACGGCUGCUAGUCGCAGCGGUGCACAGAACCCCGCCGGUCUCCCGAAACGGCCGAGAAGCCGGCACUCGUGACUCGAGUUACUGAGGCGUGUGACAUGUGACACCCGUUGAAGGAGGGUUCCGAACAGGUCACACCCUCAGCCUCGGCUCUCGCAGGUAAACACCAGGCGGAUGAGUCGAGGCUUGCUGAAGAGCGUGAAAAACAAGAAGCCGUUCCUCUGCUUUUAAACGGCGUCCUGAUAGAGCAGAGGGAAGGAUCGAGCCUCAUGAGAGCCUCCGCAGAGCAGGGACGAAGAAGCCCGAACCUGUUCCAGCACGACACGACGUGCACGAAGCGAGCUCCAGGAAGACGUGGUGCGUUCAGGUCGGAAGAACCGUGAGCGUCCUGCACGAACUGGAACUGGAAGCGGAGCCUCCUCGCCAUCCCAACGUCAGAGCCCGAUUUCAACCUCGUGGCCGAACGAACACGGAUCCGGAACGGAGCCACGCGACAGAAUCUAGCGGAAAGCCUUCGCAGAAGAGUCGAGCGCAUUAUAGCGGCGACGGUGGGAAUACGUCGGAAUGACAAUGAGAUGUUCAAGAAGCACGAGCCUUGGUCUAAAUGGGUCCGGUCAUGCCUCCCAGCAAGAAGCCGGAAGCUUCCGGGGUGAGCGUGGCGAGCGGCUUGAGCCAGCUGUACCAGGUGAGCUCGAUCACUCGGGCGCUGUGCGAAGACGACGAACUGGAGCUGGCGCUGCCCGUGCCGGCCAUCAAGCUGGAGAAGUCGGGCGCCGAGGACGAAGAGCUGACCAACCUGAACUGGCUGCACGAGAGCAAGAACCUGCUGACGAGCUUCGGCGACCCGGUGCUAAGGAGCGUGAGCCCCGUGCAGGAGCCCGACGACGACCCGCCUCCCUCCCCGGCCACCUCCGACCUCGCCUACGACGCCAAGCACAACCCCAACUGCAAGCCGCCGUACUCCUUCAGCUGCCUCAUCUUCAUGGCCAUCGAGGACGCGCCCUCCAAGAGGCUGCCCGUCAAGGACAUCUACAACUGGAUCCUCGAGCACUUCCCGUAUUUCGCCAACGCCCCGACCGGCUGGAAGAACUCAGUCAGGCACAACCUCUCGCUCAAUAAGUGUUUUAAGAAAGUGGACAAAGACAGGAGUCAGAGUAUCGGGAAGGGUUCCCUGUGGUGCAUAGACCCGGAAUACAGACACAAUCUCAUCCAGGCACUGAAGAAGACGCCUUAUCAUCCCUACUCCCAAGUGUUCACCACGCCUCCCACCUCUCCUCAGGCAUAUCAAAGCCUGUCCAGUCCUCCAAUUUGGCCAGGGAAUCACUUCUACCGAAAAAAUAAAGGAGUCCUCCUACCAGAUGCCGAUAUAGACGCUGCCGUGUCCAUGAUGUGUCUGAAUCGUCCCGAGACGCCCGAGUUCUUCCCUCAGGGAGUGAUCCGGAACGGAGCUUGUAUGAUGAGCCCGGGCCUCUUCCCAGGAAUUCGACCUCUUCCCAUCAGUCCUAUCGGCAGCAGAACCGCCGCCGUCAGGUCAGUCCUGGCCGGCUGCAGGAUUCGCAGCGAAAGCGAGCCGUCCUGCGACUCUCCUCUGGUCAGCAGCGACCCCAAGGAGGACCACAACUACAGCUUUGGCAAAUCUUCCAACUCGACCACCGGAGAGAAAACGCCGCUCGACUGCGGCGCGUCCGAGUUCCACGGUCACGACGCCGCCAGCGACACGGACGACGACGACAGGGCCAAGAUCAAGAAGGAGCCCAAAGAGUGGGCGGUGGACGCUCUGGCCCUGGCGCAGCACAACAAGUGGCACCAUUUGACAAAGGUCAAACAGAGAGUGGCCAGUGACAUGCUGCCUUUAAAAAAGAGGCGCACCGAGAAGCCUCCGGAAAGCGAUGACGAGGAGAUGAAGGAGGCGGCGGGUUCUCUGCUCCACCUGGCUGGCGUCAGAGCCUGUUUGAACAAUAUCACCAACCGGACGGCCAAGGGCCAGAAAGAGCAAAAAGAGUCCAUGAAAAAUAACUAAACUGUGUUAUGAGGAAGAGAGAAAGAGAGAGAGAGAGCGAGAGAGAGAGAGAGCGAGAGAGAGAGCGAGAGAGAGAGAAAAGAAACAUCACUUUUAAUAGAAUUUACUAUUUUUUUCCAGGACAUCAGGUGAAUUCUACUGAUUUGUGGCAAUAUCAACAAUUAACUUUGUUUUCCUAUCUUUAUAGGUGAAGUUAUUGAGGGUUCUUUAUUUUUUAUUGUUUUUAUUACUUUUCUCUUUUUUUUUUUUUUUUUCUUUUCUUUUUUUUUUUAAAGGAGAUUAAAGCCAUAGCAAAAAAUAAAUAAAUAAAUAAAUAAAUAAAUAAAUAAUUCAGCUGAUUUACUAAUGGGUUUUAUUUGGCUGAUAUUAACAUUAAAUAAGAAGGAAAAUCCCACACGCACUUAGACGAGAGAAAACAGCGCUGUAGAACAGAGCUACGCGCGACCGGCCAGCGGGAGUCUGUGUAGGGGUUAUGUUCUAGUGCACUAGGAGUAGUGUACACUUCUCUUAGUCGUGUCUCGUGAGCAGACUCGCCGCCCCGGGGCGUUAAUCCGAUCCGACGGCAUGGCCGAGCGGUCCUGGAUGAUUGUAGCUGCUGAAAGUCAGACGUUCCCCGAGUCCAAUGUUAAUCUGUGAAAUAAAUCCGAAGCCAUAAGCCUUUGUGCUUUUUGGAGAGGCAAAUAUACAGUACAUUAGAUGUAUGAAGAUAUACCACCGCCCGCAGUUCUUCCCUUAAGCAAUCAAAACGAGUGUUAUUACUCAAAUGAAGUAAAGCGACAUAGUGAUACGAUAUUCCCCUUAGAGUACAAUAAAAUAAUAAUAAUAAUAAUAAUAAUAAUAAUAAUAAUAAUAAUAAUAAUCCCUGACAGAAACGAUGCUACUAAAACCUGCCAAGUGUAAUGUAAUGAUAAAAGAAAAAAGAUGAAGUGUGGAAAUGUUUUGUGGGAUUUUAUUUUAUUUUUAUUUUUAAAUCAAUAUUUGCUUUAAUUUUUAAUCCUGUUUUAUUUUGUAUAAAUUCUUUCUUACGUUUUUAGUUUCCUAAGCCUCAUGAUGUAAGAAGCAAUUUCAUCCAGUCAGGAUAACACUGUAUAAAAUGUUACACUAGACCUUUUUUUUGUUUGUUUUAUUUUUUAUUUUUUAUUUUAUUUUUUUUUUUUCCCCUUUCUUAAUUUAAAACAAUGUAGCCAGCAGGAUUUUUUUUUUAAUUUUUUUUUUUUUGGUUCCCUCCAAAAAUCGUGUUGCAUGGGUUUCUUGUAAAGAAGACGGAGAUCUUUUUUUUUUUUUUUUUUUUUUUUUUUUUAUUCAAAAAGUUGUAAGGUAAAUAAUGUAUUUAGCAUGAAGCAUGAAUUAUUUUCAUAUAAAUAUAGAUCCUAGAGAACAAAAAGGCACCGCCUCUACUCUAAUUUCUAUGCCCAUAGGCCUACAGUCACUUUUCUUUUUGGGUUUUUUUUUUGUUUGUUUGUUUGUUUGUUUUAUGUUUUGUUUCGUUUAAAUUUUUAAUUUUUUUUUUGUCUUGAUUUGUCUCAUCGUUCAAAAGCAGGCAUUUUACAGAAUAACCUUCUUCAGGGACAAACGCUGACUGUUGGGCAACACUCUGUGCAAUAUGGGGACUUCACCUUCUUUCCACGUGUAGGGCUGUCAGCCCCCUCUCCACUCUCUCCAUCAGAUCAGCUCCGGUGUGUGCGUGUGCACGUGCGCGUGUGCAUGUGUGUGUGUGUGUGUGCGUCCGAGCGUUCGGCCUUGAUGCUUAGCACUCAGCUCUGUAAGGACAAGUUGGUAGUGAGUGUCUGUUCCUUUUCUUCCUUUUUUUUCGGGGGGGGGGGUCUUCCAUUUACACAGCACAGGUAAUACACACGCUCACACACUCUUCCCUCUGCAUAGCACUGUUCAGUAUUAAAUAUCUACACACACACACACAAUAAUCCCACUGCACAUUGUACUCGAUUCCAUCCGAUUGCACUUAGCUUUUAAUACUCAUUUUUAAAGUUCAGUGCCAAAGCCGGUAAGUUUAUACACAGCAACGUGGCCAACACACACACACACACACACACACACACACACUCUUUGAUAAUACUACGUGAGAAACUUGUAGCAUUUCUGUCAUGUAUAAUAUAAUAUUACAUGGAAAUCAUAUCCAUCGCUAUCACGUUACACAUUAUUGGCUGUAAAUUGCUCCUCCAGGUGUUUUUAUGUCCUCCAUAUCAUACACACUUUACCCUUAAUCAUCAUCAUCAUCAUCAUCAUCAUAGUGAAUCCGAAUGUUUAUGAUGUCGACCUUGAUCAUCUGUGACGUGUCCUGUUAGCAUGCCUGUUCUGAUCACGCACGUAUACGGACUUCAUCUGUGCAUCCUCGGCAUCAUCGGCCUCAUCAUCAUUGCUCCCGGGAACCGAAUUCUCCAUCCUCACACUGCAGGAACAAAAAAAAAAAAAAAAAAAAGACAAAAAAAACGGAGGACAACCAGCAUCUGUGAGGUUUUAUUCAUUCUUAUUUAAAAAAAAAAAAAAAGAAAAGAAAAAAAAAAAGGGAACACUCACUACGUAACUUUUCCUUUUUUUUUUUUUUUUUUUUACGAAUCUCUUCCGAAGGAAAAGCCCGUGAGAGGAUGAAGAGGCGAGUGGAGGCGCAUCAGAAAAUACUCAACCCAAGCCAGGCAAAUAACAGUCAAUAACAGUCUUCUCCUUGUGUUUGUCAUUGUUCGUUUUUAUUAUUAUUAUUAUUAUUAUUAUUAUUAUUAUUAUUAUUAUUAAAAGCUUCACAUUGUUAGUUGCCAUUAAAAAUGUUUUGCAGUGUUUUCUUUCUUUUUUUUUUGUUUGUUUGUUUUUGGGUUUUUUUUGUUGUUUUUUUUUUUCUUUCCGGAGCGAGUAGAAUCGAGUCUUAUUUGGUUCGUUCUGAAUUUUCAAGGUCUGAUGGCAUGUGCACCCUGAUAAAGUGUCGAUAUGGAGGCGUUCUUGCACUCUGUAUUUCCUCGUUGUGUAAUCAUAUUGCCAAAGACAAUUUCAUCAAUAUGUAAAUAUCACUUUGUCCAUUACUAUGGGAAAAGAAGAAGAAGAAAAAAAAAAAGAUUCCUUUUUAUUUCGAUUUUGUUUUGCGUUCGUUCGUUAUUCCGACCUGCCAUCACGUUUCUGUGCUGUAUUGUCUUCCAGUUGCAAUAAAGAAAAAAAAAGAGUUGCAAAGGCGAA